CGACUCGAUCAACAAGGUCGACCUUUACUUUGAUUCCUGCAAAACGGGCUGUCGGACCCAAAAGGUCACGAUUCCAUACAAUCACACUGGGCCCUUGAAAGAAUCCGACACGGUCCCAAGGGUCAUUUUUUCUUUCGAGUUUAUCAUCCUGUGCCUGCUUCUCCCCCCUUCGACAAAUGCAGCAAGCAGCACCUGUACCGGCGAGCCUUUGGCGUCCAAGACAUUAACACCAGCCGAAACUAAACUCAGAAUCGCUCCAACUCAACAAAUCCGUCUGACACACCAACCCCCCGUCGUCAGUGUGGCCCGCCUGCCGCGUAUCGCAAUUUUCCCUUCGUGGCCGCCGUAUCAAGCCCCGGGUCCAUCCCGUUCUUCACUGAAUUCAAGAAACCCGAUAUCAAAUCUCUCCUGGCCUAAUUGGCUUGAUUCAAACGAGCGAAGAAGAGAAACAAACCCACCAAAAAACGGCCGGCGCCUCGCCUACUUCGAGACUUGGAAUUUGUAUGCUCAGCUGCAGCCGACACGCGGCACCAGAUCGACCGCGGACGAUUAGCCACAAAAACGCUACUGGCUUAAUUUUGACCACAACAAAUAUUGUAUCUUCACUCGCAUUCGGCGCCGAACCACUCAGAACGCUUCUCGGCGUCGAGCAGGAGCAGGUGGGAAAAAGGAUUCCCGGAAUAUAUACACGGUAUUGCUAGCGACAAGCACCGUUGUGUGCGUGUUGGUGACCGAAGGCCGUUCCUCUGUCAUCACCGACGUCCCGGCCAUCAUCAAGACAGGUCGGGAUGUCUGCCCACGCAGAUUUCUCGCCCGAAUUCGACUUGGUCGACUCCGACGAAGGGCCUCUUUCCUAUCUUGAAUUCAUCAACAGCGACGACCCCGAUAGCCUACACGCCUAUGAGGCUUCAAGAGCAGCCGACUCAAAAGCCGUUUUAACACCUGCGCCCAACCCGCCUCCCAUAUCAAACCCGGCGAGCUCUCCCGAAUCACCAAGCCCCUCGUUCCCGGACUCAUCCUCAGAAUCCUCUUCUUCAAAGCAGACCGGAGGCAUGGCUUCUGCAAAACCCGGCUUCGCGGCCGGUGACGUGAUGAUGGAUGGAUUGGAAUUUACGGGCGAUUGGAAAGUCGAAGACUUCUUGCACACAGAGGAUGACAACAGCAUAGCCACAGAUGGGACGAUUAACCCAUUAUCAAUUGAGAACCCUUUCGGUCUCGACCCUUCUAUUGCUCAAUCCAGUUUCGAGUUCCAGAGCCCAGCCAGUACACCGAGUCCAUUCGCUAGCGGAGCCUCAGAGCAGAUGACCUCUCCCAGGUCCCCGAACGGACAUGCCAACGGCCCUCCCAAAUACUCCAAAUCUUCCGAGGUUUCCAAGGUGAACGGUCGAGGACAUAACAAGGCCAUGUCGCAGUACUCGCUUACCCAGUCAAUGUGUGAUCUCAAAACAAAGUCUAGAGAGGUUUCGCCCACUUCCAACAUGGUCUUCAGCCAGGAUUCAUCGCCUUCUGCGAUGCUGAACAACUCGCCCUCCCCUGCUGGCAUCGAUUUCAUUAGCGCCGCUGGAAUGGGGAUCCCCGGCGAGGCAGCCCUUUUCGCUGGAUUUUCCUUCACACAUGGACUUCAGAAUGCGCCGAACCAAAACAACGGGAACAUGCCGGCGGUAUUUCCAAAUCAGCAAAUACCACCCAGUGUGCCAGGACAGCCGCCAUUUCCGAUGUACCAGCAACCUCUAUUUGGCUCUGGCCCGCCCUGCCGCUUAACCAUCAACCAGACACCCCUCAAGUCACGUGUGGAAACGCAGAUCCCUGUAAAGUUGACCAUCUCGCCGUUGCCCCCGGGUAUUAAGCGCCUGCACUUGCCCAGACACACCAUCUCGAAGCCAAAGCUCAUUGCGAAGCCUUGGCCAGAGAGGUCCCCGGAUAUGCUGGAACUCACGGUGAUGCUGGUUUGUACGAGCGCGAUGCAAAACCCCGAGGUCCGCAAGCGUGCUCUGGCCCGCGCGGCUGCCGCAUCAUCAACUUCAAAGCCCGGAGAUGGCAAUACCGAGGCCGAGAAGGAGGAAUUAAAACCUCAAGACGGCGGCGAGGUUCACAUAUGCCCCGGUUGCAUCACACGAGAAAGGAAACGGGCCGCUCGGAAGAAGGCAAAGAAACCAGAAGAAGAGGAGAACUGGACUCGUGAUGAGCACCGCCGUGUUGUUGUCUUCAACACACACGAGAUCAAGGAAUGGCAGGACCCAAACGCUCCUGGGCCCAAGGCAGCGCAAUCAGGGCAUUACCUGACUAGCGGAGUUAUUGACGCACCGAUGCGGAUAGCAUGCUACUGCAGGCAUCACCAGGAAAAGGGCGGGUUCCGCGUGAUUUUUACCAUUAAGGAUCAUAUGGACAAGCUCAUCGCUCAACAACUCUCCGAGUCCAUUAUGAUAACAGAUGAUCACAAGACCCCGCAUACUGCGCAAGCCACCAACUCGCAAUCUGCACAGGCUACCGGCUCGGACCCGUCACUAAUACACGGAACUGGUAAUCCGGUCACUCAUGACGCUGCCGCUCCGAGUCCCGGUGCGUCAGUGCCUGGGUCUUCGCAUUCACACUCUGAGGUACCAGCUUCCAAGUCGGUCACAUUCCCUUCGGGAUUACCCACUCCUCAACAACCUCAGCACAUAGUUCAAACACCUCGAAAUCUGUCAAGGCCCGUGUCGCCAAAUGGUAGUUCCGGCCCGAGUGCCAAGAAGCGCAAGUCGAGCGGAGGCAUGACAAAGGUCCCUUCAGGACUAGCCAUGACUAGGAUCGAAACCUCGCAGUCGCCUGGCGCAUGUAAACAGACGGGUAACGGCCAGAUGAACUCAGCAAUGCCUUCAGCUACAUCACCAUUUACCCCUAACCUGAGCUCAUUCUCAAUCUCUGCUGAGUCCAUGUUUGGGAACGGUGGCACUCCCAAUGGCGGUAACAUUGCUCAACCUUUCAACGGGGGCCCUCCCACGCCCAACGGCAACGACCAAGUUCUGUUUGCAACCGGCAAUGGGGCUGCUGGCUUGGACAAUCUCUCCAUGGCUCAGCUUUAUUCUGCCCCUGGGUCUGCGCAUCCCAGCCGUGCCCCCAGUCCGAACAGCCUAAGGAACAACUCAAAUGCUAGCGCAGCUCAUCAACAACAGUCACAGUCCCACUUGGAACGAGCCCUGGCAAACGGCAUCUACAAUCUCCCCAUGAACAUGGCACAACCCCGAACGCAACUGUCCGUGAUUCACAAGAUCAUCCCUAAUGAGGGUCCAAAAUCAGGAGGUAUCGAGGUGACCAUACUCGGCGGUGGCUUCUAUCAGGGAUUGGAGGUUAUGUUCGGCGAUCAGAAGGCGACAACGACGACAUUUUGGGGCGAGAGCUCACUUGUGUGCUUGCUACCACCAUCUCCUGUCUCUGGUGCCGUUCUGGUAACGUUCAAGCAGAAUGGACAAACUGCACCCCAGCAAUUCACAUCUGCAACCAAACAUCAGCCCAUCUUUAAGUAUGUGGACGAUGACGAGCAGCAGCUGAUGCGGACAGCUUUGUCCGUCCUGGGUCACAAGAUGACGGGCAAGAUCGAGGAUGUGAGGGAUGUGGCUAGAAGGAUCAUUGGUGGAGGAAAUGGUGACAGCUCAAGCUGGGGUAACUCGAACGGUAACGGCGGGCAGGGUCCCGUUGGUGGCAACUACAAUGGCUUCUCCUUCAACGGUGCCACCACUGAGUCUCAGCUUCUGAAGGUCCUCGACUUGAUAGAUCUGGACGACAGCACCCACAAGGCACGACUCAACCUGCAGAGGCGCACAGGACAGACAAUGCUUCAUCUUGCUUGCUCCCUCGGUCUUCAUCGCUUUGUCGCGGCCCUCCUUGCUCGCGGGGCGAAUCCCGACGCCCGAGACAAGGGAGGGUAUACGCCGCUGCAUAUUGCAUCUCUCAACAACCAUGUCGAGAUAGUGAGAAGAUUGAUUGCUAAAGGGGCGGAUCCGACCAUGCGCACACUGUCUGGAUUAACUGCGGCUGAUAUGUCCCAGUCCCGUGACAUACUAAAGGCUAUUCGCCGCUUGGAAAGGCACAGGCGAUCACACAGCGGCGGAUCGAUGCAUAGCAGGGUUAGCAGUGCGACAUCUCUGCGGUCGCUGUGGGAGCCGGCUUCUGCCCAGCCCACUGCCAAGGAGUACACCUCGGAGGACUCUACAUCGUCGGGCGAGAGCCCCGAGUACUCGGAGAAUGCAACUUCAGAAGACGACUCCGACAUGGCUGCCUCUGAUUCUGGUGGCAACGCCUGGCUGAACAUGAGGCGUGCGAGUACGGCUACUGCACACGAAGGAAACAUUGCGCAACCUCUAGAUGGAGUCGAUGGCGUGACACCUCCCGGCUUGGCAUCGCCAUCGGCAGCGGUAACGGCCUUCAGGGAACAAUGCAGAGACCAGUUCCAACACUUGCAGCAGGCUAUGGCUAUGAGGUUGCCGACACUACCACAAUUCCCCAACUACUUCUCACAGAUGGGGCCGAUAAACUUCCCAGGAAUGCCACCAUUGUCAGAAUAUCAGGGCUACCUGAACUCGGCUCCUGUUUUCCAGCGCAUCUCUUCCCUGGUUCCAAACAUCGGCGGCAGUGAUAGAAAUGAGCCAAGGCCAGAGCAGAGGCGGGACUUGGACGGCAAGUGGUGGGACUUUUCUGGAUUGGUCAACCAGUCUUCGGCACCACCGCCAGCAUAUGACGACAUCUUCCCGCAGAAGAACAACAAGGAUAUGGAUACGAAGCAAGAAUCGGCAGCGCGAGCGGCAGCUGAAGCCGAGGCGGACAUGAAAUGCGCGAUCAUGUACGAUGAAGAUUCCGUCACCGCAGGGCCAAGCACAUCUGUAGUCGACUCUGAUGAAGAGCAACAGCCUCAGCAGCUGCCGGCCUUGUUGCAGAUUGGGCGGAAGAAUACAAUCACCAAGGAGCAGCAAGAUAACCUCAGGCGAGCUCACGCGGAAAAGAGGAAGGGAUUGAGAUCGGACCGGAAUCUUUUCAUGAUCUGGAUCCCGGUCCUCAUCGUUGUCUUGUGCGCUACCCUCUACAGCAGAGUCCCUGUUGCGAUUUCGGUGAUCAACAGUCUAUUUCCUCCCGGCGGAAUGGCGGCAGCCGGCGCAGGAGCGGUCGGAGCAGGUGCCAGGAGUGCCACUGAACCGGUUUCUUGUUCAGCCAUACACCCCCCUGCCAUCUUUGAGCGAGAAAAUGAUCAGGUUUGCCAAGUGGGAACAUCGAGAUACACAAACAUCAGGCACAAUCAAAGCGGCACCAAAUAUGAUGCAGACGAUGUCGACUCUGCGGCACUGCCUGGAUGGAAGUCCACGGGUGUUUGCCGCCGGCUGGGCCGCGACGAGUUCUGCGCCUUUACGAAGCCGUCCUUCAACUCGGGCGAGGGCACCUCUCUGAUCACGACGCGGACGAUGCUGGACGAGCUGGCGGCGCUGUUCGCCUCGGACGCACCAGUCUACGGAUCGCCCGCGCACGACUCGUGGGUCCCCGCCGAGUCGCGCCCCUACGCAGAGGUCCCCGUGCCGGGCAAGGGCAUGGGCCUUCGCGCCACGCAGCCCAUCCGGGUCGGCCACCUCGUCACGGCCCGCACGCCGGCCGUCAUGGUGGACGGCCGCGCGCUGACGGGUCUGGCGCCCCACGACUUGGCUCGACUGCUUGUGCCGGCCGUGGGUGGGCUUCCUGGCCACCACCUCGCGCAGUUCCUAGACCUGUCGACGCACGAUGCCGCUAGCGACCACAUGGACAAGGUGCACAAGAUUUAUUCGACAAAUGCGUACCGCACCUCGAUUCGUCAUGGCGUCGAAUUUCACUCGACGUUUGUGGAAGUUUCCCGCAUGAACCAUGAAUGCAGCCCCAACUGCGCCGCUUAUUUUGAUCCCGGGACUAUGUCGCAGCGCAUCUAUGCCAUACGUGAUAUCAUGCCGGGCGAGGAACUAACCGUAUCUUAUAUCGACCCCGUGCAAACCCGCGCAGCACGCCAAAGCCGCCUACGUAAAGACUGGGGUUUCAGCUGCAGCUGCCAGCGCUGUACUUCCGAGGCGCAUCUCGGAGCCGAGUCGGACGCACGCGUGGAGCAGAUCAAGUCGCUCUGGGGCGAGCUGGACGACUACUCGGCGCGACCUGAGGCGGCUCGGGCGGCGUACCCGACCAAGGCGGAGCUGCUGAUCACGCUGUUCCGGCUCGAGGGCCUGGAUAACCGCAUCCACGAGGCGUACUACCGCGCGGCGCUCGAGAGCAACGGGGCGGGCGACGCCGUCGCGGCAACCAAGUACGCGCGGCUCUGCCUGGACAGGGGGUUGCUGACUCGCGGGCCCAGCCAGCCCUUCAUGGAGGCGAUGAGGAGCCUCAUCGUCGAGCCGGAGAAGCACUGGAGUUGGAGGUUUAGGGUUGAUGGCAAGGGUGGGCCAAAGUACAAGUGA